AUGGUGAUUACACCGUCGUCAUCAUCGAGGACGAUCUGCGCCGUGAACAAGGCUUUAUCCUCCUCCUCUUCCUCCUCCUUUUUCACCAAGCAGAAGAUAAGAUCGGUGAAAAUGAACGCGGGGAUGUUUAACAACAACAAUGAUUCCUCGGGAGGAGACGAUGAGUUCAAAAAAAUCGUCAACGAUAUCGUGUACGUGGACCCAGUGGUCGGGGCGAAGCGAUUCUCGAAUUACUUUUGGGCCUCGGUCGUGACCGCCGGCGCGAGCGGGUUUUUGAUCACCGGCGCGAGCGCGUAUUUCAAACACAAUUUGGUGUUUUUCUUGGACGCUUCGGACAUUCAAUUCUUUCCGCAAGGGUUGGUGAUGAGCUUUUACGGUAUCGCGGGUUUGUUGUUGGCGACGUAUUUAUGGUUGACGAUCAACUGGAACGUCGGCGCCGGGUAUAACGAGUUUAACAAAGAGGAAGGGAUUUUUCGAGUGUUUAGGUAUGGGUUUCCGGGGAAGAAUAGACGGGUGAACUUGUUGACGGAUUUGAAAGACGUGACGGCGGUGAGAGUGGAGAUCUCUGACGGGAUUAACCCGAGACGGGUUGUGUACGUGAAGUGCAAAGGUAAAGGCGAUAUCCCGUUGACGCGCAUCGGCCAACCGUUGACGUUGGCGGAGGUGGAGAGGCAAGCGGCGGAGUUGGCGAAGUUUUUGCAAGUUCCUAUUGAAGGGCUUUAA